GACCCGCUGACGCUGCUGCGGGCGGACACCGUGCACCGCGCCGUGCAGGGCUCCCGCAGCGCCUGGGCGGUGGAGUUCUUCGCCUCCUGGUGCGGACACUGCAUCGCCUUCGCCCCGACGUGGAAGGCGCUGGCCGACGACGUCAAAGGCUGGAGGCCAGCCCUGAAUCUUGCUGUCCUGGACUGUGCGGAUGAGACCAACAGUGCCGUCUGCAGAGACUUCAACAUCCUUGGCUUCCCGACUGUGAGGUUCUUUAAGGCCUUUUCCAAGGACGGCUCAGGAGCUACUCUGUCAGUGGCCGGUGCCGAUGUGCAGACGCUGCGGGAGAGGCUCAUUGACGCCCUGGAGUCCCACAAUGACACGUGGCCCUCCGCCUGUCCCCCACUGGAGCCUGCCAGGCUGGAGGAGAUUACUGGAUUCUUUACAAGAAACAGUGAAGAGUACCUGGCCCUGAUCUUUGAAAAGGAAGGCUCCUACGUGGGUAGAGAGGUGACUCUGGACCUGUCCCAGCGCCAAGGCAUAGCGGUGCGCAGGGUCCUGAACACAGAGCGUGCCGUGGUGAACAAGUUUGGUGUCACCGACUUCCCAUCUUGCUACCUGCUGUUUCGGAACGGCUCUUACUCCCGGAUCCCCGUACUUGUGGAAUCCAGGCCCUUCUACACCGCUUACCUGCAGAGGUUGUCCAGGGGCACCCGGGAGGCUGUGCGAACCACGACUGCACCAACCACCACUAGUACGGUAGCUCCCACCGUGUGGAAAGUUGCAGAUCGCUCUAAGAUCUACAUGGCUGACCUGGAAUCUGCCCUGCACUACAUCCUCCGGGUAGAAGUGGGCAAGUUCUCCAUCCUGGAGGGGCAACGCCUGGUGGCCCUGAAAAAGUUCAUGGCAGUGCUGGCACAGUACUACCCUGGCCAGCCCUUAGUCCAGAACUUCCUGCACUCCGUGAAUGACUGGCUCAGGAAACAGCAGAGAAGGAAAAUCCCCUACGGUUUCUUUAAAACUGCCCUGGACAACAGGAAGGAGGGCACUGUGAUUGCCAAGAAGGUGAACUGGGUCGGCUGCCAGGGGAGCGAGCCGCAUUUCCGGGGCUUUCCCUGCUCCCUGUGGCUCCUCUUCCACUUCCUGACUGUGCAGGCAGCUCGGCAGCAUGUCGACCCCUCACAAGAGACAGCCAAGGCCCAGGAGGUGCUGCAGGCCAUCCGGGGCUACGUCCGCUUCUUCUUCGGCUGCCGGGACUGCGCGCGCCACUUCGAGCAGAUGGCCUCUGCCUCCAUGCACCUGGUGGCCAGUCCCAACAGCGCCGCCCUCUGGUUCUGGUCUAGCCACAACAAGGUCAAUGCCCGCCUCGCAGGUGCCCCCAGCGAGGACCCCCAGUUCCCCAAGGUGCAGUGGCCACCCCGCGAGCUCUGUUCCGCCUGCCACAACGAACUCCGGGGUGCGCCCGUGUGGGACCUGGGCAACACCCUCACCUUCCUCAAGACCCACUUCUCCCCGAGCAACAUCGUCCUGGGCCUUCCUUCAGCUGGGCUGAGCCCCCGGAGGGGUGCACAGAGGAUGGGAGUCCCCCCAAAGCAGGUGGAGCUGGAGCUGGCGAUUGGCAAUUUUACUCUGGGCCCUGAGAAGGCUGAGGCCACGGUGGACCCAGGGACAAAGCUCCCUGGAGCCACUGUCUCAGAUGUUCCAGCAGAGGGACUUGGGGCAAGUCACCCCCAGGGGGUGCACCCUGGUCUUGGCACAGCCACAGCUGAGCCAGACUGGGGACCUCCUGAGCACAUAGCAGAGCUUCAGCAGCCAAAAGAGCAGGAACGCUUGACCAGGCAAGACACAGGAGCCGUGUUGCUGGCUGAGUUCCUGGCCGAGAAGAACCUCCCCAGAGGCCCUGCAGAGCUGAGGCGAGUGGGCCGCAGCUCCAAGCAGCUGGCCAGCAUCCCUGAGGGGGAGCCCGAGGCGGGGGCCAGGCAGGGCCAGUGGCUGCAGGUGUUGGAAGGGAACAUCUCCCACCUGGACAUCAGCCUCUGUGUGGGGCUCUACUCCCUGUCCUUCAUGGGCCUGCUGGCCGUAUACACCUACUUCCGGGCCAGGAUGAGGACCCUGAAGGGCCAUGCCAGCCACCUCACAGCCUGAACUGUCCAACUUGGGAGGGGGCAGGAGAGGGAGCUGCCAUCCAGGGACUCUUCCCGCCCCCUACCCUCUUCCCCUCCUCCCUUGCUCCUUGUCCAAGGAAAUCCAGGAAAACCAGUUGCUCUAGUGAACCUCCUGGCACAUUCUGGAACGGGGUGUUCCAUAGACACAAAGACAUGCACAGGACCCAGGGUCAUCUGCUAGCACAGGGGGAGGGCAGCCUUGGGCAGUGGGGUUGGGCGGCUCCAUCCUUGGCCUCUCAGCACCAAAUUCCUCUUUUUCAGCUUAUUUGAAGUCCUGCCUCAUUCUCGCUGAAGCUUCAAUGUCUCCCGCUUGGUGUUGGCCCUAAACUGGGGCAAGUGAGGCCACAGUUUCCAAAGUUUCCCAUCUCCCGAGGAGGGGCCCUGGGGCUGGGGGACCUGGAGUGGAACUCCUCCCCGCAUCCCAGGACUCCGUCCAUCCUGCUCCCUUCUGGAUAUGAAGAACUUUUUGCACCAGAGAAGGAAGGACUGCCUCUGGCCUCUGUGCUUGCCUGUCCUGCAGCCCCUCAGACCCCCUGGGCGGGGUUUGGCUUUAGGGUGGGGUAUGGAAGCUUCUAGAAGUCAUGCUGGUCUCCCAGGUGAGGUCUGUGGUAGGAGACCCUCUGGCUGGCUCCUUCUCAAACCUCUGCUGCAGGAUGGGCACAGGCUGGAGCUGGUGUGGUGGUGGCACUGGGCGCAGGGAGUGGCUGGCUCGGCGGGCCCUGACCAGCAGGUGGUGUGUGGUCUAGGGAGGGCUGGUGGGGCCUCUAGUGCCUUAGCUGUGAGAGGUCCAGUGAAGCGUUUGCUUUGAAUGUGCUUUGGCUUCUCCCUAUUGGUCUCCACCCUUCUCAGAGCUGGGUCUUUUGGCCUUUGAUUUUAGUCUCCAAAAUAGAUGCUCACCUUUGAACGUGGAGGGAGCUGGAAUGACGGGAGUGUUCCCCUUGUGGGCCCACCUGCCAUCGUGUAGAGGUUAAAAGCUUCAGAGAGGAGGAGGACAGCGCUGUACACAUGCUGAUUCCCACGCUACCCCACUGUUAGGGAGGCUGUGGAAUAAAUUAUUUUCGUUAAGGCAA